AUGCCACCCAAGAAGAUAUUCUUCAAGUAUAACCAAGAAGAUGUUUACAAAGCAAUUGAAGAAAUUCAAGUGACUGGAAAAAUUAGGGAAACCUGUCGGAAAUAUAAUAUUCCUCACUCGACAAUAAUAAAUAAACUAAAAAUGAGGCACCCAUUACAAAGAAAAAUGGGGCCCCCAACAAUAUUAACGCCUCAAGAAGAAAAACUUCUUUGCAAAUGGAUAAACGCUUCCGCAAAAAAGGGAUUCCCUCUAAAAAAAGAACAGUUAUUAGACGCGGUGCAAAAUAUCAUUAAAAGCGACAAUCGUCCGAACCCUUUUAAAGGUAAGCCUCCAGGCCGAAAGUGGUUUAGUGGAUUUCUAAAAAGGAAUCCAGACAUAGCUCAACGACACGCUGAAUCCAUUAACUCUGUCCGUAGCCGUGUAACCGAAGAAGGAUUGAGAAGGUGGCAUUCGGAAUUGAAGGAAUUUCUCAUAUCGCAAGAUGUCCAAGACAUCCUUGAAGAUCCUGACAGAAUUUUAAAUUGCGACGAGUCUGGUUUCCAUAUUACUCCAGAUUCAGGAUUGGUAUUAGGUCCCAGGGGAAUGACAAAUUUCUUUGAAAUUAGAGACAAGGAAAAGGAAAGCAUAACCGUCUUAGGCACAUUUUCUGCAUCAGGAAAGUUAAAGCUUGUUCUAGUGAUUUACCCUUAUGAUCGAGUGCCCUCCGAAAUCACUAGAAAUUUUCCUGAAAAUUGGUGCAUUGGAAAGUCUCCAAAAGGAUGGAUGACUUCUCGAGUUUUUUACGGAUAUAUCGGCAAUUCAUUAAUACCAGCUUUGCAUGAAGCAAAUAUUAAAUUUCCUGUCCUUUUGCUAGUUGACGGUCAUAGAUCCCAUAUAUCAUAUGAGGUGAGUCAGUUGUGCAACGAUAACAAAAUAAUUUUAUAUGCGUUGCACCCCAAUGCAACACACAUAAUACAACCAGCAGAUGUUUCUGUUUUUAGGCCGCUCAAACAUGCAUGGAAAAGUAAUGUACAGAAAUGGAAAUUGUCAACAGGGAAUAGAGUAGUGACAAGAGCCCAGUUUGCAUCACUCCUGAAGUCGUCUCUUAAUGCAGCUACUAAUGAAGUCAUUAGUAACGGAUUUCGCAAAUGUGGCUUAUUUCCGUUCGAUGCAGAUGCCAUUGAUUACACAAAAUGUAUGAGCGAUCCUAGCAGACAUGAUGUUGUUGAUAAACCGGCAGAGUUGGGCAUAGAACAUUUGUUAUACUUUGAAUCACUAAUGUCCCGAAAACGGGUUGCAGAGUUUCGGGCUAUGAAAGAAGGCCAGCCAUGGGUGGGUGAGGAAUCAGCCAAAGAACUUUAUGACGUCUGGUGCAAAGUGUAUAAAACAGUUACUUUAUCGGAAACACUUCAAAGUAUGGAAAAAACAUCAAAUUCCACAGUGCAUGACUUAAAUAAUGCAGAACUAAGAAACAGCGAAACAGAUCCGAGAUCCCCACUAUCAGAAACUGGACCGAUCAUAUUGGAUUCGAUGUUAACGAGUCACCAUACAAAAGAUUCGGUUGCUGUAAACCACAUGGUUGCUAAAACCACAUAUGAUGCAGGAAUCCCAGAUUCAAGAACACUAUCAACUUCAACAUUGGUAAAUUACCCCAUGGACCAAGAUCUGCUGCAUAUAUCACCGAGUUCCUCGUUUCUGAAUUUUCUUGAGACUAGUACUAGAAACUCUGUUUACAUGACUCCUUAUAAUUGCACCCCUGCCGAUUUGAGUCCUGAGCCACUUGCAUCAGGAACUGUUCCUGAAACAGGAGUAACGGAUUUGCUUCAACGACGAGGAAUACGUCCUUCAACUCCUAUGAAUUUACCAAACUACUUCCUUCAAAAAGUUUUAGAAACAACUCCUUUGAAAAGGCAAGCUAUAAUUACGAAAGGUUUAAUGCCUGAAACAUCAAAAAGCAAAAAUUCAAGAGAACACUUUGUGGUUAUGUCAGAAUUAUUUACAGAUCAAGAUAUCUUGUUUCCAUCUACACCCCAGCAGAGUUGUCCGUCAAAAGUUCGUAAUGAUGAAGGGGCGACAGCUAUUGCUGAAAAGAGUUUCAAUUCAAUCGCCGCGUCAUCCUUAAAACCUACAAGUUCAGAAGAACCUCCAGCCCAUUUUAGUCAGAAUCCACUAAUUAAUGAGUCAUACAACCAAGAACAACAAACAAUACCCAAGAUUCGCACAAAGCGUGGAAUGCCUAUAAGUCCUGCAUUUGCAUCUGCUCUGAUAUGGCCAACAGACUCGCCACUCAAAAAGGGUGGGAAAACUAAAACUCGGAAACAAAGAUUUCCAGAUGCUAUAACUUCACCAAUGUGGAACGAAUAUUGGACAGAAAAAGAAAAAGAAAAAGAAGAAAAGGAAAAGCGAAAACUUGCGCGCGAGGAAAAAAUAAGGAAUAAAGAGAAUAUUGAAAUAAGUAAAGUAAAGACUAAAGCUCUUGUUACAAAGCGGACUAAAAAGAGAGUUAAACCUUCAAUAGAGUACAGUUCUGAAGAGGAAAACACAGUUGUAACCGAAAAACGGUUUAGAAAACGAAUUCUGGCUAGACUAGAAUCUGAUUCCGAAGGGGAUGAUAUUCCUUUGGUUACCUACAAAAGUUCAUCUGAAACAGUGGAUAGUGCCGGAGUGGGGUCAUAUGUGAUUAUAAAAUAUGAAGGUGAAUAUUUUCCAGGUAUCGUCAAAAAUAUAAGAGGCGAUAGCAAAGAAGUUAGUACCAUGGUACUUGCUUCACCCACCACUUUUAAAUGGCCUGAAAAAGAAGACAAACUUUGGUAUGAUAAGGAAGAUAUCAUCGAAACUAUUAAAACUCCUAUUCCCAUGAAUACGCGAGGCUCUUUUAAAGUCGAAGAGAUGGCCAAAUAUCUUCUGUGGGUAUAG